GGACUGGAAUAGAAUUACAAGCAUAGAUAGAUAGAGAAUUAGAGAUAGAAUAGAUAAAGGAAGGAGAAGUGGCGAUGUCUCUCUCCUCUAGCUUUCCUCCGCCCCACAUAAUCGGGGGAAGGUGCUCUCCACCAGUAUAUUCUCCUGGUUUUACUCUGCCGUCCUUGUUUUUAAACCCCGCAGGCACCUCUUCUCAUCUCCGUCUCAAACACGCCUCAAGCAUUGUUCCUUCUAUGACGAGACGUCCUGAUUUUCACACCAAUGGGAGUGCUGCCGCUGAUGAUGACGAUGAAGAUGACGACAUUCAAUAUGAAGAAUUAGAUGCCGACCCUUUUCUGCCUGAGAGAUGGGAUGUUUUGGGUCUUGGCCAAGCCAUGGUGGACUUUUCGGGCAUGGUUGAUGAUGAGUUUCUGGAAAAACUGGGUUUAGAAAAAGGAACAAGGAAGCUUGUCAAUCAUGAAGAGAGAGGUAGAGUCUUGAGAGCGAUGGAUGGUUGUAGCUAUAAGGCUGCUGCUGGUGGCUCCCUUUCCAACAGUCUUGUGGCCUUGGCUAGGCUUGGCAGUACAUCCAUUGGAGGCUCUCCCUUAAGUGUAGCUAUGACAGGGAGUGUAGGGAGUGAUCCGUUGGGUGGCUUCUACAGAGCCAAGUUACGUCGGGCAAAUCUGCAUUUUCUUUCUCCGCCAAUCAAAGAUGGAACAACAGGGACAGUAAUAGUCCUCACUUCCUCAGAUGCCCACCGUACAAUGCUGGCGUAUCAGGGAACAUCUUCGACUGUUAACUAUGAUUCAUGCUUGGCUAGUGCAGUUUGCAAUACAAAAAUACUUGUAGUUGAGGGGUAUUUGUUUGAACUUCCUGAUACUAUCAAAACAAUUACAAAAGCCUGUGAAGAAGCACACAGGUGUGGAGCACUGGUUGCAGUUACAGCAUCAGAUGUUUCCUGCAUUGAGAGACACUAUGACGAUUUCUGGGAAAUUGUUGGGAACUAUGCAGACAUUGUUUUUGCAAACAGUGACGAAGCAAGAGCCUUCUGUCAUUUUUCCUCUAAGGAGAGCCCCAUUUCGGCUACAAGGUAUCUCAGCCAUUUUGUUCCAUUCGCCUCGGUUACUGAUGGACCGAGAGGCUCUUACAUUGGUGUAAAAGGAGAAGCUGUAUAUAUCCCUCCUUCUCCAUGUGUACCAGUGGACACUUGUGGUGCCGGGGAUGCAUAUGCAUCGGGAAUUUUGUUUGGCAUUUUACGAGGAGUGUCAGAUUUAAAAGGAAUAGGUACAUUAGCAGCUAGGGUUGCAUCCACAGUGGUUGGACAGCAAGGCACUCGGCUUAGGGUUCAAGAUGCGGUAGAGUUGGCAGAAUCAUUCACAUUUCAUCUUGAUAGUUCCACUAUUAGGUCAGAUAUUGGGUCAGAUCAUAUAUCCAGCUUCUAAGCAGACCAUUUGUUAAUUUCUGAUUCUUUUAUUAGAUAUAUCCUUUGUUCAUAACUUUUGUACAUUAUACAUUUUGCGGACUGGUAAUCGAAGUAAAGCAAUGAAGUUUCCAAGACCUUUUUCC